CUCAGCACUGGAUGAUGUCCCCUCGCGCUCCGCAAGAGAUUUGUCGCAAUCCCGCACUCGGUGAUCGAUAUUCGGCUUGAAGAUGCGCGCCAAUAUUUAGCGAUAUCUUCGCCCUUCGCUGUUUAAUGUAAGACAUUCUCCAUGGCGUCUCUACAGCAGUCAAGAAUUCAGUCAUACCUGGAGAAGAAUAAAAUCGGACCAUUGUUUGAGGAGAUGAUGACAAAGCUGAUAACUGAGACACCAGACUACCCCAUCCACUUUCUCAUUGGCCAUCUCCAGACCAAGCAGGAGAGUUCAGGCAGAAUUCAGAGGACGCUUUCGGGUUCUGCUGCACUGUGGGCCGAGAGCUCCUCGGAAUACAAAGGCACACGACGGGACUCCAGAGACAAUGAAAAACCCUGGCAGAUCCAUCCCAAAAAGCCCAAGAAAUCAAAGAGUGACCUGGCCAUGUCCAACAUUUCCCCACCCUCUCCUGAGUCUAAAUCAUUGCCUCGUUCAAUAUUGCGCCCUUCCUGGGACUGGAGGACCAAACCUGAGAGUCGAGACUUUGACGAGCUCAACCAGAUACUUCAGGAGAGCAAGAAGCUAGGCAAGGCCCUGGAGAACCUGUCCCGCAGUAUUGUUGUAUCUGAUGACUUUGACCUGGACCCCCGAGCGUAUAACUCUGUACGGAGGCCACGGGUGGUGGGCGAGUGGGUGGGCCGUGAGGAGAAUGAUUCCGACCCCCUGGCUGCUGAAAUGCUUCAACCCCCUGUCCCUAGAGCGAAGACUGAGGGCUGGACAAGCAAAGACAACAGCCCUGUUGGAAGCAGCUUGAAAAUGGAGACUACGUGUAAAGGCCUAAAACAGCAGCAACAGAACCAUAAGAAACUUCUGGCAGCUAUGUUGUCUCAGGACUCGUUUGACUCAAUGCCGGACUCCGGCCCUUCCGUCACUGAGGAUGAGAUAGAGGAGGAAGAUGAUGCCAUGGAGCUGCUGGAGGAUCUAGAUGACCUGCGAAUGGAGGGGGUCACUGGCCUGGUGCCGUCUGGCAGUAAGUUCAGCCAAGGCCGCAGCUCUUACUGUUCAGAACCCCAGGCCAAAGUCACUCUCAACAUCUGCUCAAGGUGUGCAAGGCUUCAAGGGGACAGUCUCACCCCUGCAAGACCGGAAGAGGCACCAACACACUACGUCCCAGAGCAAGCCGUCCCAGAAAUACCUUGUCCAUUACCUACGGUGACAGAAACACUGACAGCAGCAGAAGACCUGCAGACAACCUCUCAGGUGACAGGGCAGCGUCAACCUGUCUGGGCAUCGGAUGUGAAGCCGAUCAGAGGCACAAGCCCCCAGAUGGCCAGGCGUGCUCUGCAGCUCCAGGACUCCCUGUUCUCUAAGGAACUGGAGAACAUGGGCAAACAUCUCGCCGAGGUGGAGAAGGACUUAGCCAAGCUGGCAGAACAAGGAAAGCUCAACCGAAGUCCAAACAACCCUCAUCGGAGCUUGCUUUUAACCCCUCUCUUCCACACCACAAACACUCUGCCUGUCAUCGGACAGACGUCCAGACCUCAGUCUCCCAGCAGCCUUUCCACAAAAACCACAGGCCUGCCACUUUACAACACUAAACCCACAACCCUAGUCAUGGGCUGGACAUCUCCCAGCAACCCCAGCAGUCGAGCCCAGACUCCUAGUGGAGCACGGACGCCCAGCAGACCUGUGACCCCCAACAGUCUCUUACGAUCGUUCACUGCCGGAAGCCAUGGAAACACAGAACGUGUGUAUGGACGUUCUAGAAGCAGACCCGUCACACCAACUGGACAGAUAUCAAGGCCGAUCCUCACACCGCCAGGUUUGAGUUCUACAGAUUUAUAUGGAGGCCUAUGGAGCACACUGACAGAGGAUGAGUUUUACCAGCAGUUGCAGGCAGUCAGGAAGCCCUGGCGCAUCCCUAGUGACACAGAGAGUGACUGUCUGGAUCCUCCUGAGCAGGACAAGUGAGAGUAUUACAGCUCUGACCCCGGGCAGUCCACACUCUUAACCCUGGUGCGAAAAAUGGUAAUCCAAGUGGAGUGAGGGAUGCCAGUAAAAGAUCAGUGUUCUCAGGCUUGUAAUGAUGUGUAUGGAAGACACAAAGCAAAUCAAACAUUAUUAUGCAAUUUAAAGGGGCAUUUACAUAUUGUGAGUCAGCAAAAGACACUUAUUUAUUUUUUCAGCUGAAGAAAGAUUGUGUACUUUUUCCACAGAAGUUAAUAUUUCUUAAAAAUGAAAAUGUGUUAUACAGUAUAGCCAUUUGAAAUUAUAGAAUGUAAAAUGUUUAUCAGAAAAAACAUAAGCCUGCACUUGAGUUUUCUGUCUGUUAGCAUGAUUCUUGUCUGUUCAUGAUAUGUACUGUAAGUAUUUAAUGCUGCCUUGCAUAAACAAAUACAAUAUAUCACUUUAUGUGUCAUAUCAAUGGUUGGUAAAGGCAAUUUGAAUAAGCCUUUUCAAUAAAAGUAAACAACACAAUAAAUAAUACAUUUUAUGGCAUUAGCAGACAAUAUGGAUGUUACAAUUGUUCCAGUAUAUGUACAAUGUAUAUCCUUAGUUGGACAUGCACAGCACUGCCCUUUUUGACCUCAGCAUGCCACUCUGUCAUUCCCAACAGCAUUGUGUGUCUACAACUGGCGAGGACAGAUUUCUAAGGAUCAAAUUACUUUGACUUUUAUACCCACAGACAAAUAUAUAGCCUGAUACACCUGUUA